AUGAACCUGCGCGAGGCCAGUGUUUUUCUAGCUGAUUGGCACACUCAAGGGACUAUGAUGCGGAUUUGCAGAUGGGUGUUGACGAGAGCUAUUCCAUGUCGCUUUCGGGAAAUUCUACAUUCAUUGAUAUCACUGCGAAGACAACUUGGGGAGCUCUUCAUGCGUUGGAGACUUUUGCUCAACUGGUAUUAUUUGAUAAGCAAAGCCAGAAGUUCUACAUCGAGGCUGGAUUCGAGAUCCUCAACGACUCUCCUCUUUACGGCCAUCGUGGAUUGUUGGUAG